ACUAACGUUACAACCUACUAACCAAAAAUCCUUUUAUACCCCUCUUCCGUUAAUUUUUUAAUAUAUAUAUUUUUCAAUCACUCUACCAACGUUUUGAAAUAAUUUGAAUCAAUUAAUUAAUAAUCGCUUUUCUCUUCAAUCAUGUCAAAUCAACUCAACGGCGCUUACUACGGCCCUUCCAUCCCGCCGCCGCAACCCCACCGUCGCCACCGCAACGACAGCAGCUGCGGCUUCUGCAGCUGCCUCUGCGGCUGCUUCCGCGGCUGUUGCGGCUGCAUCUUCAACUGCAUCUUAAGCAUAAUCUGCAAAAUCCUAACCACAAUCCUCAUCAUCGCCGUAAUCCUCGGCUUCCUCUUCUGGCUCAUCGUCCGUCCUAAUGUCGUCAACUUCACCGUCACCGAUGCAUCCCUUACUCGAUUCAAUUUCACCAACAACAACACACUUCACUACGAUCUCGCCGUCAACAUCACCAUCCGAAACCCUAAUCGGAGAAUCGGUAUCUAUUACGAUAACGUCGAAACGCUUGCGUUUUAUAAGGAUGUUAUGUUUGGGAAUCAAACACUAGGAGGAUUCUUUCAGCAUCAUAAGAGUACGAAUUUCUUGAAUCCUGUUUUCAAAGGGGAACAAGUGAUUCCGUUGAGUUCAGAUCAGGUUUCGGAGUUUGAUAAAGAGAAGGAAAGUGGAGUUUAUGGAAUUGAUGUGAAGGUUUUGCUUAAUGUGAGAUUCAAAUUAGGUUUGUUUAAAUCAGGGAAAGCAAAACCUAAGGUUCGUUGUGAUUUGCAGGUUCCUCUGAAAUCAGGGAAUGGAAGUUCUUUGAGUAAUGUGUUUCAACCUACUGAAUGUGAUUGGGAUUAUAGAUGGAAAUUGUUCCAUUAGAUCUUGUUUUCGAAUUUCAAACCCUAAUUUUCUUGUUUUCUUAUCUAGAUUUUUAUUUUAAUCGAGUCUUUUAGGCGUUUUGCAUUUAUACUUCUUGAGGGUUAUUAUGUUAUCGUUAUGGUUUUAUCUUGAUAUUAAUAUUAGUAUGACUGGUAUUGAUUUA